CCGUGUUGGUUAACCAACUGAGUUUUCUAGCAUUUAGUGUUUUCUUUAAGUUUACCUCUUUUGUUGGUUUAUUUGUGAUACCAUGUACUUGAACAGAUAAUAUGGAUUCUGCAGGUAGCGUUGAGGAGCAAUCUAUUCAUCAGUUUGGAUUUGAGAAAGGCAUUUCCGUCAAGCAUCUUUUUCGCUUUUUCACAAAUAAUGUGUACCUUGGUCAAUGGGAGUUGGCAAGAGCGUGUAUUCAGGAACUCCACGCACAUGCCUGUGUUUUGGGGAAAGAUAUACAUGAAUUUGUUGCACAGGUUGCGGAGCGCCCAUACAAUUUAAGCUUAAGAUCAGAAUCAGUGAAUUCUCCACAACAUCUAUCAUGGCUGUGCCUAACAGAAUUGGAAUCCAAAAGAACAGGAAGUGAGGAUGGUUUUGUUCACCUUAAAGAAGACUUGGAAUUUCAGCUCCUUUUACUACAGGCUGGGGGAGGGGUGUCAAAAGACAUACUGAGGGAGCUGUAUUCCUAUCAAAGGGAACAGAGACAGUCACGGGCAGCCCAACCUGUGCUGCCAUUUGGCAGUGAUAGUCUCAAUUAUAUCAAAGAUGUCCUAUACUCUGAACCAGCUUUGGGCAGUGCAAUGAUAUGCCAUCUGACAUUCAAACACAAACGAUAUGACUGGAACAAUGAGCAACUUCAAAGAGUAUACAUAAAAUGUAUGGAAGACAUUCUGAAUAAUUUGCAAGGAACAAAACAACAACCUGAGAACCUUAUGCUGGAAGAUAAACUGUACUCCUUGUUAGCCCUGUUUAACCCAAACACUGAUAUGAAAAGACUUGGAUUGAAUGACUUUCUGACCAAGCUAGUCUUGCAAGCUGAUGCCAAGGAUCUUCCACUCAAUAAAAAUGCCAUUUAUUCAUCCUUACUUGGACGGGAUGACCCUUUUCUCAUUGACACUUACUGUGAUAUUGAAAAUAAGGUUCUGUCAAAUAGCUUUACAGAGAAACAUUCCAAUGGCUGUGAAAGCGGAGGUGAACCUGAACAGAUUGAAGAUGAACACAGACAUAUCUUUGCGGUAGCAGUGUGCAAAGACCGAGAGCUAGCUUGGCAGCAGCUUUAUCUCAGAUGUUUAAAACAGGAGAAGCACUUCAUUGAUUUUGAAGUGGAAGCUGCUCUUCAGAUGAUUAAGACUGGCCAGUUCCACAAUCUCCAGCAGUUGUUUAUUGCUCCAGAAUUAAAGGUGCUGAAACCAAUGGUGCUUUUGAUGGGAUGGAAAUAUUGUCACAGUUGCACAAGUGCUAGGAACUUACUCACUGUGUUGUGGAAUGAAAAGGAAGAUGAGAUUCCUUCAGCUCUGCAGCAGGCCUGCAAGAGAUUGUCCUACCAAGUUGAUUUGGUACAGUGGUGCUUAGAGAAAGCCAGGUAG